AUUUCCCUUACUGCCUUACCAUCACUCCAGCCUUCAAACAUCCUGAUCUCACUUGUCCGUCCGUCGUAAGCUCGUGCGUCGUCGUCGUCUUGGCAGACGGCAAUUUCUUGGAUGUACAGCCUCGAUCCCGUCCCUUUAUAAAACCUGAUCAUUUCUGCACUGUGAUAGACGCCCUCCACCGUCUCUAACCCACCCUGCUCUCGCCCGACUCUCCUGCAACCUCGGCCUCUACCAUGUCGGACCUGUACCUGGCACAUUUCCGGAGCUGGCUACUGAGCUCACCCCCGGCCGAAUGGAUCCUCCGGCAGGCGCAUGAGCUGCUCAUCGGGGCGCUCAAGCAGGGCCCGGUGCCCCAGCACGUAGCAUUCGUUAUGGACGGCAAUAGGCGAUAUGCCAAGAACCAUAAAAUUGAGAGCCUGGAAGGACACCAUCUUGGGUUUGAGGCCCUGGCUAAGAUCCUAGAAGUCUGCUACAAGACUGGUGUCAAGGUUGUCACUGUCUAUGCUUUCGCCAUAGAGAACUUCAACCGACCACAACGCGAAGUUGAGGGCUUGAUGUUGCUGGCCAAGACCAAGCUCUCACAACUCAUGCAGCACGGGGAGGUCCUGGACAGAUAUGGUGCCCGCAUCAAGAUAUGCGGAAAGCGAGAGCUAAUCCCAAAGGAUGUUCUGGAAUACGUUGACAGAGCCGUGGAGAACACCAGCAAGAACACUGGUGCUGUUCUGAACAUCUGCUUCCCAUACGGUUCAAGGGAGGAAAUGACCCACGCGGUCCGGACAACAGUGCAGGACUAUCUGACAACUCCGCCACCUAAGAACUCGACAUUCUCUCAGACUCGCAUCUCACAGAGCAUCAAGUCUAGGAAGCUGACCCGGCCCGACACACUGCCGUCAAUAGAUGAAACGCCCUCGACGGCAGAGCAUUCAGGACAGGAUGGCGAUGGCCAUGAUGAUUCCGUCUCGUCCACGGCGUCGACGUUACACCUGCCCGACGCGCCGUCCAGGCCGUCGUCGUCGCACACUGCGAGAUAUCCCGACCCCGAGACCAUCAACACAGAGACGUUGACAGACCACAUGUACACAGCUGGAGACCCGCCUCUGGACAUGUUUGUUCGAACUAGCGGGGUGGAGAGGCUGAGUGACUUUAUGCUGUGGCAGUGCCACCAGGACACUCAGCUCUUCUUCCUCGAGUGCAUGUGGCCAGACUUCGAUCUGUGGCAUUUCCUGCCGGUCUUGGUCGAGUGGCAGUGGCGGCAGAAGCAGAAGGAGAGGGACGAAAAGCCCCGGCGAGGAAUCAAGCAGCGUUGAAUGUGGGACUUGCGUGUUGGCGUCGCGCAGCACAAAUCUGCUUUCCUCCAUAUUUUUGCCGUCGUCUCGACAAUGAUGUCCACCUGGGCAGUGAACAGAUGGGAGAUGGUUCGGACGGAGAGGAAGCUCAAGAGCGAGGUUUGCAUCCGGAAGGCUACAUCAUUACAAUCAAACUAAUUAUGUGUGUUGCGGUCUGUGAUCGAACACAUCCAUAGUCUGGCGUUACGAUGCGGUUAAAAGAGGUUAGAUAAAUAACAGUCUGUGAGCUCUAACGAGCCGUCCACCAGUAUUCUGAACCUCGGAACCCCAUAUGGGACAGCUUCCUAGGACAGACGACUCAUAUACAACCUCCUGCGGGAUAUUCCAAAAAAAGACAAUGUAAAUGUCAGCUCG